UGCGGGGCCUCCGCGACAGCGCCGGGACACAGGCCGCCCUCGGGGGCCUCCUGGGCGUCGCCAGCGCCCGCCUGGGCUCCAUGAAGACGCGGUUCGAGGGGCUGUGCCUCCUCUCCCUAUUGGUCAGCGAGAGCCCCGGCGACGCCUUCCAGCAGCACUGCCUGGGCUGGCUCCGCCUCCUGCAGCACCUGCUCCAGUCGCAGGACCCCCCCCCCACGGUGGCCCUGGGGGUCUCGGUGCUGCGGGAGCUGCUUCGCUUCUCGGCGCAGCUGCCGGAGCUGGCGCGGGACAUCGGCACCAACCACAUCCCCGGCAUCCUCACCUCCCUGCUGGCCCUGCGGCCCGAGUGCGAGCUCUCCACGCUGGAAGGGAUCAAGUCCUGCCUCUCCUUCUACCCCGGCGCCUGCGGCUCCAUGCGGGGGAAGCUGGCGGCGCAUUUCCUGUCGCGCAUCGACAGCGAGAGCCCGCGGCUGCAGCAGCUGGCCUGCGAGUGCUACGCGCUGCUGCCGGCGCUGGGCCGAGGUUUCUCGCAGGGGCUGCGGCACACGGAGUGCUGGCACCAGCAGCUGCAGGGCGUGCUGGCCACCCUGCACGGGCUGCUGGGAGCCCUUUUCGAGGGCUGUGAGACCGACCCGCUCCCGUACGAGGGUCCCGGCGUGGAGCUGCUGCUGCCCCCGCCCCAGGACGGCGACGCCGGGGGGGUCCUGACCCUGCACUCGAGAUUUUCGGGGCUCUGCCGCGUCCUCAGGCUGCUCCUGAGUAAGGAUUUCGUGGCCCCCGUCACCGUCCCAGUUCAGGACAUUCUGGACCUCGUUUGCCGCGCCCUCAACAUCACCACCAAGAACCUGAACUGGUUCGGGGAGGGGCCCCUGCGGGGGCUGCUGCUGCCCCAGGUGCACCUGGACGUGCUGGACGUGCUGGGAGCGCUGCUGCUGGCGUGCGGGGCCCGUCUCGUGCGCUGGGGGUCCCUCCUGGGCCGCCUCUUCCCGCAGGUCCUGAGCUCCUGGAGCGGCCCCCGGGACCCCCCGCCCGGGCAGGAGAGACCCUUCGGGGCCGUGCGGAGCCGCCUGUACCAGGUGCUGGAGCUCUGGGUGCAGGUGGCCGGCGCGGCCUCGGGGGUCCUGCAGGGCCCCGGGACCCCCGGCGAGGUUCUCCUGGCUCACCUCAUCAGCGACAUCAGCCCCCCCAGCGAGGGGGCCAAGCUGCGGGCGGAGCCCAAACCCAGCGCCCCCAAAAGGCCGAAAUUGGGGGAGGGGCUGGAGGGGCCCCCCCUGCACCGCAAGGGGGAACCGGCGGCCAACAGCGACACCUGCGCCGCCGCGCUGGCAGCCCUGCGCAGGAUCGUCCUCACGGGGGGACCCCUGAUCAAGGAGGAGACGCACCGGGAGCAGGACGAGACCACCGCCAUGCUGGCCGACUUCAUCGACUGCCCCCCGGACGACGAGAAAACCCCCGAGCCCCCCCUGUAACCCCCCAAAAUCCGGGGGGGGAGUCCA